AGAGAGAGAAAAAAGGAAAGUGGGAUAUCCUUUCGAUCCUCUAGAAAGGAAAGCGCCAGAAGACGGAGCGAAGCUCCAAGCCAAUGGCCACUCCUCCUCCUGCCACGAUCUUCUACAGCUGUUCUUCGCAUGGAGUGGAUCGGUUGGAUGGAGAUGAUUCCGACUGUUUUUUGUCAUUUGAAGAUGAGUCUAAGGAUGAGAAUGAUGUAGGAAACAUCCCGUCUGCCAGCAAUUUACAACGAUGGCACCCAGUUUCUUCCCACGGCAGUUUCAAACAAAAAAUCACCUCAUGGAGAAAGUGCCGGAAGUUGGGAAAAGGGUCAUUUGGAGUUGUCUAUGAAGUCAACACUGAGGAUGGAUCCUAUUUUGCUGUAAAGGAGGUUUCUUUGUCAGACCAAGGACACCAAGCCCAGCGGAGGUUAUUGCAGCUUGAGCAGGAAAUUAAGCUUUAUAGACAGUUUGAACAUGAAAACAUAGUUCAAUAUAUUGGCACAGACAAGGAUAAGAAGAAGCUUUACGUAUUCCUUGAGCUCAUGUCCAAAGGUUCACUUUCAACUCUUUAUCGCAAACGCCCCUUGACGGAAUCCCAAGUCUCCGCCUACACUAAGCAAAUUCUAGAGGGUUUAAAGUAUCUUCAUGUCCAGAAAGUGAUACACAGGGAUCUUAAAUGUGCCAACAUACUCGUUGAUGCAAGUGGAUCUGUGAAACUUGCAGACUUUGGAUUGGCAAAGGCCACCGAAAUGAGUGCUGCUAAAUCUUUGGAAGGAACUUUUCACUGGAUGGCACCUGAGGUCCUCAAUAGUGGAAAGAAUGGAAGCUAUGAGUUGAAAGCUGAUAUUUGGAGCCUUGGGUGCACUGUUUUAGAGAUGUUGACGUGCAAGCCUCCGUAUUCUGACACUGAACUGUGGGAAGUAUUGAAGAAAAUUCGCAAGGGUGAACCUCCUCAAGUUCCCCAAUUUUUAUCAGAAGAUGCUCGAGACUUCAUCCACAGAUGCUUGCGACGAAACCCGAAGAAACGCCCUUCUGCAGCAGAGUUGCUAGACCAUCCUUUUGUGAGGGAUCCACCUACUUCUGGUUUUGCUUGACCUCGUUACAAAAACAAAUUGUCAUGAGGUUUUGCCAUGCCAUACCUUUCCGGUUCAUUGCUCUGAAGGUCUUCCUUUGGGCUAAUGGGAAGACAUGUUCGUCAACUUACCGCAUUUGUACUGUAUACUCCAAAAAUUCAUAACAUUAACAGCCUACUCUAAACUUUUAAAUAGAGCAAAUAGUCCAUGUAUUUAUAGUGUC